AAAAUGAUCCAUCGUAGAAGGCUAGAAGCUAGGACUUGCAAGUGAACACUCUUGGGCUGAAAAUAUGCUAGGCUUCAUCUCGGGCUUGUUGAAGGCCCAAUUUGCGCUCAAGCAAGCAGCUCGCCCAUCUUAAACCCUAAACCCCUAAUCGGAUCCGGGUCGGUUGAUGCAACGCAGCCCCGCUUCGGGAAAGGACCAGAACAGUUCCAAGCUGCGAAGAAGGAUUUCGAAAGGCGAAGCUUGCUCAUCUUCAGCCAAGGGCAGUAGUUAUGAAGGUGCGAUCAUCAGUGAAGAAGAUGUGUGAGUUUUGUAGGACGGUUAAACGUCGUGGGCGAGUAUAUGUGUUCUGCUCAGCCAAUCCAAAGCACAAGCAACGACAAGGGCUAUCUACGUUUGCAUAUGAAGGCCCACCACCUACUAUGUCAUCAGAUGCAAAUGUCAAGCUAGAGGGAUCAUUCAGUCACAGCAUGCGGCAAGGACUGGCAGCACUUGUCCCGAAAAAACCCGAGCCCUCUUUGACAUUUGGAUCUCAGUAUUGGAGAGUAGGUCUGGCUUCUCUGCUAUUCAAACAGCGCCAUUAGCAGCUGAAAAUAAACCUCCAAGCUUCGAACCUGAUAGUCUUGGGAUAAGUACCUUUUCCUGAGCCUCUCUUUUUGCCUUUCUGCCUUGUCAUUGUGGUGUGCUACUGCAAAUCAUACACUUAGGAUACAUCUCACUUUUAUUUUCUUAUAUUUUAUGGAUGAGAACAUGUUGCAAUUAAUAAGAAAAUGGUAUGAAAUUAGAGUCA